AUGUUGGUAUUACUGGCUGGUAUCUUCGUGGUCCACAUUGCCACUGUUAUUAUGUUAUUUGUUUCCACCAUUGCCAAUGUCUGGGUGGUUUCAAAUAGCACAGAUGAGUCAGUAGGUCUUUGGAAGAGCUGUAUCAACGGCAGCUGCAGUUACCCCCUGCCAUAUGACGUUGGUGAUGCCCUCAGGUCGGUGCAGGCCUUCAUGAUCCUCUCCGUCAUCUUCUCCGUCAUCUCCCUCGUGGUCUUUGUGUUCCAGCUCUUCACCAUGGAGAAAGGAAACCGCUUCUUCCUCUCGGGGGCCGUCACGCUGGUGUGCUGGCUGUGCAUCUUGAUCGGGGUGUCCAUCUACACGCACCACUAUGCCGAUGGUUCCGGAACCUUGUACCCGUCCAGCCACCAUGGCUACUGCUUCAUCCUGAGCUGGAUCUGCUUCUGCUUCAGCUUCAUCAUCGGCGUUCUCUACCUGGUCCUGAGGAAGAAAUAGUGCUGAACACGUUUAGGGGAUCUGGGGGGUGGGGAGGAGGAAGUGGUCGAAUCGGGAGGGAGGUGGAAGUUGCUGUGCAGGAAAAGCCAAGAGAGGGGAGGGUGCGGGGAGGGGGAAGGAAGGGUGGAAAAGGCCAAAACCCAAACCAUUGCUGAGGAGAUUCUCUGCUGUCAAGGCCCUGCCCUUGGGAGGAAGCUGGUGGCUAGUUUUUUGAUGCUACCUUGAUGCAGACCAGAGAGCCUCCCUCAGCCACAGCCAUGGCCCCAGCCGUUCUCAGUUACACCCACUGCAUGGGGCCCCACCAGCUGCCACACCAUGGGCUCCAAUUCUGAGGGCAAAUUCUGGGUCACGCACUGAGGCCCACAGACCUAGUGCACCAGGUUAAAGUAGUGGUACAAGCUCCGGCAGGAGCAGAUACUGUCUUUGUGAUGAAUGUGCGGAGCCUGGAAGCUACCUCGCCCUCUGGCCCAAAGCAAAACAUCUCAUUCCAGUCUGCAGUGCCUACAGGAGGGCUUUGGCCGGCCAGCCACUGCCCCUCUUCAAAACCUAUUUAGCUCAGUGGAAUUCAGUGGCAUUUGUGACAAAAUGGGAGAAAGAGAGAUAGUUUAUAAGGCCAAGUUGGGGGGUUAGCUGAACCAAGAGAGAGAACUUUUCACAAUGGAAGGCCUGGGGAUGGUGAGACCUCACACGCUGUCCUGCACGGAGACCUCUUGUCAUGGACUUUGCUAGGCCUCUCGCUUAAAGCCAACGCAGCUCUUCUGAAGUUUCUCUAAAGCCACUCGCUCAUGAGCAACUCAGUGGUGAAAGCAGCACACAGACUGGGAUCAGGGGGCAGUCUUGCAACAAUGCUAUAUUAGGGUUAUGUCUUUAGGAUCCUCCUCCAUACAGUCAAUGUUUCUUUUAAGUAUAUAAUGGGAGAGAGAUGGACGUGGUUCUCCUUAGCACAAUCCUAUUACGCUUCCUCUAACCUGUAAACUUUUGAGGAAGUCUAAUUAUCCAUACUGGGGGUCAGGGCUUCUAGGCUCAGUGGUAGCGCUAGCUUUGACACUGGCUGGAGUGGUCACCUCUCCGAAGCCCUGCCUAUUCUACUUCCCAGGCAAGGCAUGGCAGCUCUGGAAGCUAAUUAAAACACACAUAAACCAGAACCAAGCAUCAGGUCCUUGGCUGAAAGGUGCUAUAAUUUGAAACAUUAAGCAUACUGUAUUUUAGCCAUGAUAAGAACAAAGUGCCUGCGCUCCCAGGGAAAUAAGAGAGUCCAUGAGAUAAAUAAAAAUGUAGGCAAUGGCAGAUAUUUUCUUUUAAAAAAAAGCAAAAACUCUUGUGGUACCUAGUCAGAUGGUAGGUGAGCUGUCCGCUGCCGCAGGAGCAUUUCUAUAUAGGACCUAGAGGUAGUAUGUUAUUCCUGGUUAAGCAGGCAUCGCUCUGCUCUGGAGCAGCUAUUUCAAGCCAUCUCAGAUUCUGCCUAAAGGGCUUUUUUUUUUUUUGGAGAGAAAAACAACUUUCCUUUAUCACCCUGAGAAGAACUAUCCCAGGGAGAAUCUGAGACAUCUUGCCCACUUUCCUUCUUCUUGCUUUUUCCUCAUCCGUUUCUUAUAUACCUUUCCUUUUUGGGGAGUUAUUAUGCCAUUAUUGCUAGUAUUUAUGUAAAGGGACUAUUACUAAGUAUAUUUCUCUGUUUUCUCUGGUUAAGGAAACAUUGAAGAAUGUUGCCACCAUAUUACCUGGGCUGGGGGAGUGAGAUUGGCCAGCAGAAACUGGGGGAUGAUAAACUUUCAAUUAUGACUUAAUUAUCACAUGAUUAUAGAAACCUGUCUUAUGUGCAGAAAUAAUUACAUAACAGAUAUAUCCAAAAGAGAUACUUGCAUUUUGUUAAAAAGUUUUACUAUGACUGGAGUGAACCAUGUAUUUCCUUGUCUUUUACUUUUUCUCUGUGACAUUUACGUCUCAUGCAAUUUGCAUUACAUUGGUGGGUUGUUCUAGUACUGUAUUUGGCUUCUUCGUUAAUAGAUUAUUUCAUAUAUCAUAAUUGUAAAUAUUUUGAUACAAAUGUUUAUAACACUAGGGAUAUAUAAAGAGAUUCUGACUCCCUUCA